AUGGUCCUCCAAGCCCUGUCCGGUAUUCCCGUAGCAGGCAUCGCGCGACUCGCCAACUCCAGCCGCAAAGAGCAACAGCUCGCAUGGAAAGAACCCGCCAAGGACCGGCCUCGGCCAGACUACGUCCCGCUCAAUAAAAUGACGGAGAGCUAUGUCGCUGCGAAGCAAGUCAGGGAUGCAGGGGACCGCAUGGAGGGCCCUGGUGCGGAGGGGAAGAUGGGCAAGGAAGAGGAUGAGUAUGCGUACGAGGAUGAAGAGGGGGGUGGAGCGACUGCGCCUGGGUCAUCCCGGGCUCAGCAGAGGCCAAGGACUUGGAAGGGGAAGUUCGUUGAGGCGGGCGAGGGAGGGAUGCGGUCAGGACCGGUGUUCCAGGAGAGAUGCGUCCGAAUGCCGAACUCCCCCUCAAGCUCAAAUGGAGCCACUUGUGCACUUGAGAAACUGAAACACGUGCGAUUGCCCGUUCGGGUAAUCUUGAGACGAGGAAUGCUGGCGCAGCCAGAACUCACUGCUUCCACGAUGCGCACCUCCGCUGCUGGCCCAUCUCGCGUCCAGCUCGAACCGAGAUCUCAGGCGCCCGCGACCGCUCCCUCCCGCUCAACGAGGAAAGCGCCCGCCAAGGCCUCAAAAAAAUCGCAAGACAAGAAGCCCGCUCCCGGUCUGCCUACAGGUCAGAUCCAUACCAUAGACACUUUCGCUUCCAGCUCGUCCAGCAAAGUCAAGGAAGAGACCAACGAGGACUAUGUACCCAAAAAGGUCGAGAAACCUGUUGCGCAGCGAGCGCCGCGUACGUCAGGCCCGGGCCAAGUACUCGGGACAGGCGCAAGUGCAGUGAAAAAGGGCAAGGGCAAGGGUAAAGGCAAGCAGAGCUCGCCGCCAGCGGAGGACGAUUUGGAGGCGAUGAGGCAGAAGAGGCUUGCUGCGCUUGAGGCGCGGAUGUCCGUCGAGCCUGAGGCCUAA